AUGCCUGUGGCCCUCAUUUUCUUGCCAGCCGCCGAUAUCCCCACCUUUGUCGGCGAGGGUAAGUGUGACUUGGGUAUUACUGGCUUGGACCAGGUCAUGGAGGCCAACAUGUUCGACAGUGUUCUGGACUUGUUGGACUUGCAGUUCGGCAAGUGUAAAUUGCAGGUGCAAGUUCCUGAGGAGGGCGAGUACAACGAGCCAGCGCAAUUGAUUGGCAAGAAGAUCGUCACUUCGUUCACCAAGCUUGCUGCCGACUAUUUCGAAGACUUGGAGAAGACCUGCGGUGCUUCCACUGGAAACACCACCAUCAAGUACGUGGGGGGCUCUGUGGAGGCCUCUGUUGCUCUUGGUGUCGGUGAUGCCAUUGUCGACUUGGUGGAGUCCGGUGAGACCAUGAAGGCUGCUGGCUUGAAGGCCAUCUCGACCGUCUUGACCACCUCUGCACACUUGAUUUCUUCCAAGCAGCCGCGUUUCCCCGAGUUGGUGGAGACCAUUUUCAGCCGUUUCCAAGGUAUCAUGGCUGCCAACAGCUACGUGUUGUGUAACUACAAUGCGCCUAGAUCGAUUGUUCCAGAUGUGUUGAAGAUCACGCCCGGCCGCCGUUCUGCCACGAUUUCCUCGUUGGAGAAGCAGCCUGGCGACACCGAGGAGUGGGUUGCCAUUUCGUCGAUGGUUGAGAAGUCGCGCAUUGGCCACGUCAUGGAUGAGUUGAAGAAGGCUGGCGCCAGCGAUGUCUUGGUGUUUGACAUCAACAACUGUAGAGUUUGA